AAAUUUAAUCAAAAAGAUAUAGAAAAAUUGCAUUUAGCAAUUCUAAAGUCAUUAGAUAAAGGCAAGAUAUCUCAUGGUGCAAUCUUAAGCAUACAUCAAAAAUUUAAUGAACAAAUGAACAAUUUAGUUCCUUUAUUACUUAUAAAUAUAGAACAAUCUAUUAUUUCUAAAUUAACAAUAGAUCAACUACAUUUUACAAACUUUAAUAUUGUUAAUAAUAUAGUUGAAUCUGUUGAAAAAGAUGGUCAACAUUUUAUAAUUGAUAUUUUAAAUUUUAUAAUACCAGAAUAUAUAAAAAAAGAACUUUUAAUUCCAAAUGAAACUAUCAUCAAACUUUGUAUAUCUGAAAAUAGUAGAAAUGUUAAAAGAAAGGUCCAACAUGUAAUAAUAAUAGCUAUAUUGCUUAAUGAUAUUGAAAGAUUAUAUAAGCCUGAAGGAUAUCAUAUACUUGUUUUUUAUUUUGAAUUAGAAAAUUAUUAA